AUGCUUCUGCUAACCAACAAUUCCUCUCCAGCAACUGUCCAGAAAAUCGUAACGGAGAUUCUUCCUUCGUCAUCUGGCCUAGCAUUUGGAAAAGAUGCCAGAGAUCUCCUCAUCGAAUGUUGCGUGGAAUUCAUAACUCUGAUUUCUUCCGAAGCCAACGAGAUCAGCGAGAAGGAAAGCAAGAAAACCAUCGCAUGUGAACACAUUACCAAAGCGUUGGAGCAGCUGGGAUUCGGAGACUACGUGCAGGGUAUCAUGGACGUUGCUAGUGAGCAUAAGGAGCAACUGAAGGGCCGUGAGAAGAAAGCCAACAAGCUCGAGCAAAGCGGAUUAUCCACAGAGGAACUUCUUGCUAUGCAAGAGGCGGCUUUCAGGGAUGCGGCGCAGAGACAUGGAUAA